AUGUCAGAGGAUGGAGUCCAGGUCGAAUGCAGCAUCACAGUGGAGCAGCUGGACUCUGCAGGACAGACCAGUCGCAGACAGGUCCUGAGAAAGGCCUCCAUCCUUCUCGGCCGCAACGAGUUCCAGGACCUGAUCCUGCGGCUCCACGACGGUAAAGUCUCCCAGAGCUUUGCGGCGCAGGACUUCAAACUGUUCACCAAGUUUGUGCGAGAGGGAAAGUGCACCAUCCGCCUCCUGCCCUCCAACACCCAGAUCCUGCUCUCCAACUGCCCCCCCGCCCAGCUCGGCGCCUUCCUCAAGACCCUCACCAUCAAGCACCAGGCGUCCCGCUGCGACCGGGCCCUGAGCCAGAGGGAGAGGCUGAAGGCCGGGCUGCCGCGGAGCUUCGAGGCCAUCAGUCCCCUGCAGCACAAGGACAUCCAGAAGGUGAACGAGCAGCGGGCCCAGGCCAGCGCCGCCGGGAAGCUCGCGGACCGGACCAACACCGCGGCAGGGAGGGGGGCGCAGGUCAAGAGGUCCCGGGACAACUGCGGCUUCAGCCCUGUGAAGGCCAACCCCACGAAGAAGCCGGUGCUCGCUCUGCCGUCCUGCAAACUGAACAAGGAACAGGCCGCGGUCCUCAGCGCCGUGCUCAGCGGCAAGAACGUCUUCUUCACCGGGAGCGCGGGUACAGGGAAGUCCUUCUUACUGAAGCGGAUCAUCGGCUCGCUGCCUCCCAAAAGCACGUUCUCCACGGCGAGCACCGGAGUCGCCGCCUGUCACAUCGGAGGCACCACUCUCCACAGCUUCGCAGGGAUCGGCUCGGGCUCUGCUCCCCUGGAUCAGUGCAUCUCUCUGGCUCAGAGGCCCGGGGUCCUGCAGCACUGGACCAGCUGCAGACACCUCAUCAUCGACGAGGUCUCCAUGGUCGAGGCGCACUACUUCGACAAACUAGAGUCUGUGGCCAGGUCUGUGCGGAGAUCCACGGAGCCGUUCGGAGGCAUCCAGCUGAUCGUGUGCGGAGACUUCCUGCAGCUGCCUCCGGUCUCUAAAGGAAAAGACAAGGCCCAGUUCUGCUUCCAGUCUCGGAGCUGGCGUAAAGUGAUGCAGGUGAACAUGGAGCUGAGCGAGGUGCGGCGCCAAACUGACCAGAGCUUCAUCUCUCUGCUGCAGGCCGUGAGAGUCGGCAGGGCCAGACUGGACCUGGGGCCGCGGGAACAGACUGGACCUGGGGCCGCGGGAACUGACUGGACCCGGGGCCGCGGGAACGGACUGGACCCGGGAACGCGGGAACGGACUGGCCGCGGGAACGGACUGGACCCGGGGCCGCGGGAACGGACUGGACCCGGGAACGCGGGAACGGACUGGCCGCGGGAACGGACUGGACCCGGGAACGCGGGAACGGACUGGACCCGGGGCUGCGGGAACAGACUGGACCUGGGGCCGCGGGAACGGACUGGACCUGGGGCCGCGGGAACGGACUGGACCCGGGGCCGCGGGAACGGACUGGACCCGGGGCCGCGGGAACGGACUGGACCCGGGGCCGCGGGAACGGACUGGACCCGGGAACGCGGGAACGGACUGGACCCGGGAACGCGGGAACGGACUGGACCCGGGGCUGCGGGGCCGGACUGGCUUCUCGCUCUCACCCCUCUUCUCUCCCCCCUCAGAGUGACAGAAGACGUCACCUCCAGGCUGAUGCACAGCGCCCAUCACAGCAUUGAGCGAGACGGGAUCCUGGCCACGCGCCUCUGUACGCACAAGGACGACGUGGAGCUCACCAACCAGAACAAGCUCCAGCAGCUGCCAGGUAACCACGGAAACCACACCACCCACCUCACAGCUCCAGGGUCCCAUGAUCUAAGAGGAGUGCGUGAGUUCGAGGCCCUGGACAGUGACCCGUCUCUGGAGAAGACCAUCAACGCACACAGCCCUGUGAGCCGCCUGCUGCAGCUCAAAGUGGGAGCACAGGUGAUGUUGACAAAGAACCUGGACGUGGCGCGGGGCCUGGUGAACGGAGCCAGAGGCGUGGUCGUCUCCUUCCAGACAGAGAAACACGGUUUUGAUGAAGCUUCAGAAUUCAUAUAA